GCAAAGCGACAACCCCGUUCACUCCUGUCACUUUUGGCAGUAAAUAACCUAUAAAAAUAAUCAAACCCCUCCACAAUCCAGCCACAACAGGUCAUGGCAAGUUCUGCUGAUUUAAAGACCGUCAUGCCUAUAGUGAUUAAAAUACCGGACGGAGGCCUCACGGAUAAGUACGGCAUAGUGGAGCUGCAGGGGGACUUGAAGUCGCAGUCCGAGACGGCCUUUGAGGGCAAAUUCAUCGGCGACCUCCACUACACCAAGCAGGGUCAGCCUUUGCUCAUCAUCGGCCACCAUCUGCUCUAUGGGAAGGAGGUGAAAAUGGAGCAGCCUAUUGCCCUUUUGGAGAAAAACCGCAACGAUCGAGGGGACACUGAGUACCAGGUGCAGUGCAUUAUCAAGCACAAGUUGAUUUUUAAGACUCGUCCCAAACCCAUUGUGGGAAUUAGCUAGUUUUUUCAUACUAUUCAACAAAAUAUAUUUUAUGCAAAA